GCUGAUCAUGAGCUGAUAUUCGAGCGGACUAACAUAAAGUGUUGGUAGAUUUUUCCAUUUAAAAGAGCAUCUCUUUGUGAGUCGAUUCAUCAAAGUGACCAAUCUCUGGUGUACGACAUUCUCCCAAAUUCCCAGGUGUAAAAGCAAAGAAUGGACAAGGAGUCUCGAACCUCCAGAUCGACAGCACCACUUCCUUCGGUUUUGAAAUCUCAUGGACGAUAUCAGGAGCCUGGGACUACUACGUCAUUACUGCCUAUCUAGGAUCUGGUGAGGAAUCCCCUGGAUAUCCUAUGAACACCACCUCAACGUCUGCACAACUGAUCCAUCUUUUCCCUGAUACAGCUUACGAUAUUCAGGUACAACCUAAACUGAACAAUGGAGAAGAAGGCCAACUGGACACAACAUCUGGCACAACUGAUGUCUCCCGCAUAGAGGUGACGGUAAACAGCAAAACCUUUAUCAGUGUUGCUUACACCUUGCCCGAGGACGAGCCGUCUUCCAAUCAGCAAAUAAGACUUGGUCAUUUCGGAAGUACAUUGCAGACUUUUGGUAAUCAGCCAGUAAAUAAUAUGGGGAACGUCCUCUUCCCUUCAUUUCCCGCUGUCUCACCGGGAGAUCUACUGUAUGCAUCAAAUGCUCCAUCGGAUGAACCGACCAACUACUUGAAUGAGAUCCACUUCAGAUAUCAUCCAAAUCCCCCCCAGAAUGUCAUGGUAAAUCCAUCGUCAUGCGAUGCUUUUGAAGUGACCUUCGACCUUCCAGCAACUGGUGGCAACUAUGACGGAUUUAAGAUCCGUGUCAACGACGAAGUGCGGGAGACUCUGAUGGGCAGUGCCAAGACGUCAGUGAUCAUCAACGGUUUGGCCCCAAAUACGCCGUAUACGUUCAAUGUGACGUCUUUUGUGGGUAUCGGUGGGGAUGAAGCAGAAAGCGAAAUCUUCAGUGACACCAGAAUUCUAGGUCAAUACGACAACAACGAGCCCUACGUCUCCAGCACCAGCAACACCAAUCUUCAAGUCAACUGGCUGGAUGCUGCCACCAACGGUCAGCAAGUGUGUCUGAAGGAACUCUGCAGCAACCUACGAGGUGACACACCCAUGUGUCUCCCAACCAACCAGACGUGCCCGCUGUUCUACACCUUCGAGGGGCUGGUACCCGGCAGGAGAUACGUGGUCUACGUGGAAUACAAUGACGGGACAGUGGAGGAUGUCAUUUUCACGCAAACAAAACCGAACCCUCCAGAGUCCCUCAGCGCUACUGCUCUUGGUUCCGAUGAGAUUAGAGUCCUCCUCUCCCCACCCCAGGGAGAGUUUGACGGUUACGAGCUCUCCUUCUCUCCUUCCACUGGCGGUCCCAUCUUGCUCGAACCAGACACGCGGGAGCAUCUCCUGGACAACCUCCAAAGUGAUACUACGUACAACAUCCAGGUGUUUGCUUAUAGUGGAGGCAAUGGACAACGGCUAGAGGGUGAUGCGAUCUCAACAACAGCCACUACUGAUGAAGAAAUUCUUGUUGCUACAAACAUCAAGACCAAUCAGAUCAUCGUCUUGUGGUCAGCGGAGAUGCUUGAUGUCAACUCCUUUCAGACUUUCAGACUCUCGUACUCCUCGAUGGAGUCUGAUUCAAUCCUCAUCCCCAAAGACGCCAUGUCUACCAGCAAUGAGUACGGCCAUUCAGUCACAGACCUAGUACCAGGAGAUCUUGUCACGUUCAACCUUGAGACUGUCACGUUAAGUGGCCAGGCUACUUUAGUAGACACCAUCGUCCGCCGAACAAGUGAGUUCAAUACAAAAAAAACACCAAAAUAGUCUAUUUUUUCUUCAUACAUGUAGCUAUUCAGUUUGUAUAAAAACUUAUCAAAAGUAUCAAAUUUGUGUGUGUUUAUGAAAGAAAA